AUGCCAAUUGAUUAUGCAUCAUUUGGCUAUGCAGCAGCUGUUGCUGGAGGUGGAAUAAUGGGCUACGUAAAAUCAAAAUCAAUACCUUCAUUAGCUGCUGGAGUAUUAUUUGGUUCUGUUCUGGGUUAUGGAGCAUAUCAAACAACACAAGAUCCAAAGAAUUGUUAUGUUUUACUUGGUACAUCAGCAACACUUGGUGGAAUGAUGGGCUAUCGUUAUUAUUCAACUGGUAAAAUAAUGCCAGCUGGUGUUAUUGCUGCAUUGAGUGCUGUCAUGCUGGUCAGAACAGUUGUUCGUGCAUUCACAGUACCAGUUGCUAUCAAGACAGAGUGA